CAAGGAAACAUUUUCAUUGUGGACUACGAGCUGCUGGAUGGUGUGGAUGCCAAUAAAACAGACCCGUGCACAAUACAGUACUUGGCUGCACCCAUCUGUCUGCUGUAUAAGAAUUUGGAGAAUAAAAUUGUACCCAUUGCGAUCCAGCUUGGUCAAAAGCCCGGGCCAGACAAUCCCAUAUUCCUUCCUUCAGAUGCCACCUAUGACUGGCUGCUAGCUAAAAUUUGGGUUCGCUCAUCUGAUUUCCACAUCCACCAGACAGUGACCCAUCUCCUACGGACACACUUAGUGUCAGAGGUGUUCAGCAUAGCUAUGUUCCGGCAGCUGCCUGCUGUACAUCCCCUCUUUAAGCUCUUGGUGCCACAUAUGCGGUUCACAAUAGCCAUCAAUACCAAAGCCCGAGAACAGCUCAUCUGUGAAUGUGGCCUUUUUGACAAGGCAAAUGCUACAGGUGGAGGAGGACAUGUACAAAUGGUGCAGAGAGCCAUGAAAGACCUGACUUACAGCUCGCUCUGCUUCCCUGAGGAGAUCAAAGCUAAAGGGAUGGACAGCAAAGAGGAUAUCCCUUACUACUAUUACCGGGAUGACGGCAUUAAAGUCUGGGAGGCUAUAAAGAG